AUGACGCUCUGCGCGGAUCCCAUGGAGCUGGACGAACAGGAGAGGCAAUUUUGGGCCCAGGCCGGUCCGGUCAAACGGGAACAGGAACCGAGAAGAGAUGUGCUGCAUCAAACCGAGCACUCCAAGAGGCAGCGUCUGGCACCACAGGACCGGAACAAGGGCAAGGGCAAGGGUACCAAGGGCAAAGGCAAGGGAAAGCAGGGCCUACCAAGUCCAUCCAGUGCAAACCCGGUCACGGGUUACACAAAUGGUUUCGGAAGCCAUCCACCCAAUCCUUGGACACAGACUCAGGACCUGCAGCCACUGGGAAGUCAAGAUCCAGACUGGAUGGAGUACAGGAUGAAUCGACUCUCUCAGCUGGUCCUUCGUCAGGAGCAAAUCAUCUCAGCCAUCCGUCAGGAUCUGGUCCUCUACCUCUUUGUACGAUCAGGACCAGAAGGGAUGGUACCAGUUCUCUGCGAAGCAGCGGAGAAGUGGAGGAAGAUGAAAGAGGAAGAACCCGAGAAGAUUACUUACUCCCUCAAACUCAUGCUCUUCAAGCAGCUGCUCAUCACCCUACACCAGAGGUUGACCAACAUGAUCGCGGACGAGGAUGCUCUCGCCAAAGCCAAGAACCUGAACUGGAUCGACGAUCAGAAACAUUGGAAACAUCUCACAUGGAAUCCUUCCAAACAAUGUCUGGAAGUCGACAACUCGGUGAGGCCAAUACCGGCGGAGGAUCUGUUGGCUCAACUGGUUCAGAUGAGGAAGGCAGUUACGGAAGAGACCCUGGUGAGGUUCAAGUCCAUGCGGAAGCUCACCACGGAGGUGACCUCCGACUGGAUCCAAUUCCAGAUCUGCAUGUCACUUCGCCCAGAGGGAGGAGCCAUGUGGAGCACGCUGAACCAGUGGAUCGGACAAGCAUCGUGGCACACCCUGGGAUGCAGGCUCCGUCGCGAUCGACCGAACUACGACACCCUGGUUCAGGAAGCUAGGCUGCAUGAUGCCUACGUCUCGCCUCCACCGCAGGCUCUUACCAUGCUGUUCUCGCAUAGUGGGUUCAAUGGUGGCUGGGAGGCCAGAAACUUCGUACCUGGAGGUAUUGCCACUCUUGACACGGGGCCUACCCAAGCUCCCAUCCCGAUUGCGCUACCGGCAGGUCCAAGCUUGGAGCUCCAGGCAGCCAUUGAUGGGUGGAGUGCUCAGAUUACAGCCCGUUAUGCACUGCUGACUCCGUCUCCCAUGCUCUGCAUACAACUUCAGCGCUUCACGAAUGCCGAGGGAGUCAUGCGCAGGGACACCAGACCACUGGUUGUGGCCUCGACUACAGUUCGUAUGCCACUCUUUACAGGUCUGCACACCAUGCAAGUUCGCUAUGUUCACUACCAGGUCGUCGCUGUACAGCUUCACUACGGGGUCUUCGUACUCAUCCUACUGGUGCCUUGGGCACUGGAGUUCUUUUUGCAGAAGUGGAUCAGCGCCAUCGUUGCGGCUUCCGAUCUGGAUAUGGCUCUCCGUGCUGCGAAGUCUGUGAUCAGGAGCAGUUGCGAUGCAGAGGCCGAGCUCAGUGCCGACCUACAUCUGCAGCAGGUUUCAUCCAAGCUGGCUCACCUCCUUGGCCGGCAGCCUCAUGAUCUCGAGGGACAAAACUUCGGCGAGCUGCUGAACGAGGAGAGCAGACAGCGCUUUACGGCAUGCUGUGAGGGUGCGGACAGUUUGAAUCCGUCUGCCGUGCACCUCACGGUCACUGCGAUUGCUGGUGGCUGUCCGAAGGACUUAGAGGUCCGGAUAUGCAGCUUUUCAUUGAGCCGAGGAGCCGGAAGGUACAUCUUGGCCCUGACCGAGGUGCAAGACGGGCCUGCGAAGGCAAUUCCGGACAUCCCGGAGGAAGUUUGGCAGCCGGACAAGGGAAGCGAGAUCUCACCGGAGCAAAUGGGGCCUGGGCUAACUGCAGAGCUUCUGGAAUGCCACAGCUGGGUCUCGAAAAAGAGUCGAAACUUGUCCAGCUUGUCGGAGGUCAAGGUGCAAGUGGAUGCCCAGACUUUGGAGAUACAGGACAUCCACAUCUUCUUGAACACAAGCCACUGGAAGAAGAGCAGGAAGACUUUCUUGAAGGAGUGCAUCCUGCCGGGCAUGUGGGAUGAUUUUCGGCGCUGGCUAGAGGGAAGCGUUUCGAAGAGCAAGGGCCGACAAGGGACUGGUCAUCGACUUGACGAUACAGCCGCCUCAACCGUCGACACGGUCGACUCCGGCCGCAUCAGCGAUGCGGAAAAGCAGAUGCUGAAAUUGCUGUCCUCGCAGGAAAAAAGGCUUCAUCAGAGUCAGCCAACACUGUGA